AUGCGAAAACAAUAUGAAUUUUUACUGAUGAUAGAAAACAUAAAUGCCUUAUCCAGCAAUUCCCCUAUCUAUCUAUCUAUCUAUCUAUCUGGAUCGCUUCGUACACUAACUUCUUCCACUUUUUCAUUCAAUCUUCAUUGCGAUGCUCUCACUCGCAUGCCUUCUCUCUUCCUGUUACCCUCUUCUUUCUCAUUAGUUCGCCUGUCUUGUGCUCUUAUUACUUCACGGCGUUCCUGCAAUACAUGUGGAUAUCUUUGCCUAUCAGCCUGCCGCCUGCCUGCAUCAGAUCCUCAGAUACGCGUAAUCAUUAGCAUCAUUUGCGCUCUCGUUAACUCUGAGAUUUUUUCAUACAUGUAUAUCUAUCUAUCUAUCUAUCUAUCUAUCUAUCUAUCUAUCUCUGAAAACGUCUCAACAGUUGAAAAUAAUCGACAAAGAAACGGUUCAUUCGCCUGGCUGGCUGCCAUUCGUACGAUUCAGUUUUGUUUGUUUCUUGAUUUCCUACGGGAUCUAUAUAACUAA